AUGGAUAGUGAUGAUGAAUACGAUGAGUAUUAUCAGAGGUGCAAGAAAGUAAUAAUGUUUGUGGCUACUGUAGUUGUUAUAGCAGUGGAACAAUUGGCAUCUGAUUCACGAAUAUUAAAUGAUACCAUUCACAGAGAAGGUGAGGCGAAGCUAUCAAUUCCUAAAGAGUGGAGAAAUUUGAAUGUGUCACCUGCUGACAAGAAAGAAUUGUUCAACUUGCGUCAUUCAAGAUUAAGUAACGUAAUUGAACCGGCUUUCGAACUGUUGAAGUCAAGAUUCAAGAUUUUGAAAACCCAACCAGAGUAUCCUUUCAAGACUCAGGCUAGGAUUGUAAAAGCUUGUGUUAUGAUACACAAUCAUAUCCUUACCCAAAAUAGUGUUCAAGAAGAAGAGGAAUGGCUUACACAGGAGAAUGCAGUUAUAGAUGAGAAUACUAAUGAAGAAGUAGAAGACAAUGAUGAAGAUUCUGACGUUGAUGAUGAAGUUGAUAACUUUGAUUAG